AUAAGUUAAUUAUUAUUAUUUGAUAUUUCUGAUAUUCAGAUUUCAGACGUUCUGUGGAUGUAUAAUGGAUUAAGAUAUAAUUAUAUAAAGGAUAAAUAUAUAGUUAAAAUAUAAUUUAAUUAUUCGCGUUCUGUGUUUCUGUAGUGACUGCAUGAUGCACAAUAUAAUACUCCACGACAUUCCACCGAGUAGAUGAAAUUUCAUUUCAGCUAAAAUUAUGUAUAAUUUCUUUUAUUCUGUGCUUUAUUGUGGUAGUUUAUGAGCCUUCACAGUUCAAUUCACAAUCUGCUAGUUUCUUAUUUUUUGUUAAACUAUUCAAUUCUUGUUGUUGUGCUACCGACCAACCAAAAUAAACAGAUAGUAAAAUGAGUAUCCGAAACGUUUUUAAUAGAAAUCUAAACUUGAAGUAUAUACGGGUUCAAUAUCUUGUUCAGCGGAAAAUAUGUCGACAAUUAAGUGUUCAAAGUAUAAAAUAUCAAAAUUAUCCAAAUGUCCACUGUUCAAACAUACAUGGAAUUGGUGACCAUUUGCUCCACAACACCAAUGCUACUACUACUAUAUAUCCAUCUUGGAAAUGGUUGUUAGCAAUUUCACUUUUAUACGCUGGGUACGAUAGUCAAAAUAUAUUUGACCUGAUAAACCAGGGAUCAGCAGAAGAAUUAACUAAAUUUUUAAAAGAUAAUUCUAAGGCAGCUAAUAAACUUCAUUUAUUUGGAUGGGCUCCUUUACAUGUGGCUGCAGCGAAUAACAAACAUGAGCACUUGGCAGUCUUAUUAAAAUCUGGAGCAGAUCCAAAUUUGAGUGAUGGUUUUUCAAACUGUAUAAAUGUAGCUCGAAAACGUAACAUACACCCUUCAGAUGUUAUAUCAAUAAGAGAAAAUCAUUUUAUACAUAAUUUCAAUGUUAAUGCAACAUUUCAAGGAUUUACUGCUUUACAUUAUGCUGCAUUAUUAAAUAAUAUUGAAUCAUUAAAAGUUCUAAUGGAAUAUGGAGCUGAUCCCAAUUUAAAAUCGGUGUCUGGCCAUAAACCUAUCGAUUUGGUUACUGACAUAACAAUUUAUGAACUACUUGCUGAUUAUGAAAACGAUUUUGAACUUAUUAAAAAUAAGAAGGAAGCAGAAAUACGAAAAAAUUUUCCUUUAGAAUUAAGAUUGAAGCAAAAAAUUAUUGGCCAAGAAAAUGCUAUAAAUGAAGUCUCCUCAGCUAUCAGACGUAAAGAAAAUGGUUGGACAGAUGAUGAACAUCCAUUAGUUUUUUUGUUCCUUGGUUCAUCUGGAAUUGGUAAAACAGAAUUGGCUAAGCAGAUUGCUAGUUACUUACACAAAAACAACAAAGAUGGUUUCAUUAGACUUGAUAUGUCUGAGUACCAAGAAAAACAUGAGGUUGCCAAAAUGAUUGGCUCUCCACCGGGGUAUAUUGGAUAUGAUGAUGGUGGUUAUCUUACUAAACAGUUAGCUAAAAAUCCAAAUGCUGUAGUAUUGUUUGACGAAGUUGAAAAAGCUCAUACAGACAUAUUGACAAUAUUGUUACAACUAUUUGAUGAGGGCCGUAUAACUGAUGGUAAAGGAAAAACGAUUGUGUGCAAAAAUGCCAUAUUUGUUAUGACUUCAAAUUUAGCUAGUAGUGAAAUUGCAGAGCAUGCCUUAGAACUAAGAAAUGAGCAACGUCAAAAUAAACUUAUAGAAGAUAGUUGGCUAUCCGAUAAAAAAAUUGAAAAACGUGAAGAGGUUGUAACAUUUAUCUCCAAAAAAUUCAAAGAUCAAAUUGUAAAACCUAUUUUAAAAAAACACUUCAAACGAGAUGAAUUUUUGGGUCGUAUUAAUGAAGUGGUGUACUUCCUACCAUUUUCAGAAAUGGAAUUGAAAUUUAUUGUCCAAAGAGAAUUGCAAUAUUGGCAAGAAUUGGCUUUGAAGAAACAUAACAUACAAAUUGAAUGGGACAGUGCUGUUGAACAUGUUAUAAUUGGUGCAUACGAUGUUAACUACGGUGCAAGGUCAAUUAAACAUGAAGUAGAAAGGUCUGUUGUAUCUCAACUAGCUAAAGCUCAUGAAAAAGGAUUGCUCAAAAAGAACACUGUUGUAAAAAUUGAAGCAGAUAUUACCAAAGGUGAUCACGGAAAUAUCUUCCUUAAGAUUUAAUAGGAAUAACCUCUUAAAUAUUGAAAAGAGUACCUAAUUUCUGUUUGAUUGUGAUAUUGUUUUAUUUCAUUUGUUAUUUCUUCAGUUACUCAUAUUAUAUAUGAAUAAAUAAGAUAACUAAUUA